ACCGACAUUUCAGGAAUGCCAUUAAUACAAAAUGAAUGCCCCGAGGCCCGAGAGCACAUCAAGCACACCGAGCCCAUAGCAGCGGAUAUACGAUGCACGCUUAGACCGUGUUUGAUUGGUCAGAUAUUUUCCUCGCCACUUGCCCCUCUCUCUCUUUCUCUGUUACUGAUAUCCUCUCUCCGCCACCUAGUUUUUCCUUCUCACUUUCUUCCCCGCCAAACGGACGGCCAUUUGGACCACCACUCUAAUACCCAGAAAAGCUUAUUCGUGAGAGAGAGAGAGAGAGAGGGAGAGAGCGAAGCCGGACUCGGGGAUAGCAAGCUACGCCUUUUAGGUGUCCAAAUAAGAUAUGGCUUUGAGACGCCUGAUCACAGAGGGAACAGGGUCUUAACUGUACAAGAGAGGUUUCAGUCAAGCUAUGUAGGCAAUUUUGCUCGCAGGGUGCGUGAUGCAGAAGAAGCCAUCGAAGUUGCCCAUCUGAAAGAACUUCACCAUCGUAAUGACCCAGAAUCUGUGAUAAGAUUAUUUGAAAGUCAACCAUCAUUACAUUCCAGCCCUUCAGCACUAUCUGAAUAUGUAAAAGCACUAGUCAAAGUUGACAGGUUGGAUGAGAGUGAAUUACUCAAAACGCUACAAAGAGGUAUUUCUAGGUCAGCAAGGGAGGAAGAAAGCAUGGGUGGCCUCUCGGCUCUCAGGAAUGUUGGGAAACCUACAAAAGAUGGUCUUCUGGGAACUGCUACUGCACCUAUCCAUAUGGUGGCUGCAGAAGGAGGGCAUUUCAAAGAGCAACUGUGGCGUACAAUUCGCACUAUUGCCCUUGCUUUUCUCCUCAUUUCGGGUGUGGGAGCAUUGAUUGAGGAUAGGGGAAUAAGUAAAGGCUUGGGUCUGAAUGAAGAGGUGCAACCUAGCAUGGAAUCAAACACAAAGUUUAAUGAUGUAAAAGGCGUUGAUGAGGCGAAAGCAGAGUUAGAAGAAAUUGUUCACUAUCUUCGAGAUCCUAAGCGCUUUACUCGUUUGGGUGGUAAGCUUCCAAAAGGUGUUUUGCUUGUUGGCCCACCUGGCACCGGAAAAACAAUGCUUGCGAGAGCUAUUGCUGGAGAAGCAGGAGUACCGUUCUUUUCGUGCAGUGGCAGUGAGUUUGAAGAGAUGUUUGUUGGUGUUGGGGCCAGGAGGGUGAGGGAUCUUUUUUCUGCUGCAAAAAAGCGGUCACCUUGUAUAAUAUUCAUUGAUGAGAUCGAUGCUAUAGGUGGUAGCCGCAACCCUAAGGAUCAGCAGUAUAUGAAAAUGACUCUGAAUCAAUUACUUGUAGAACUGGAUGGUUUCAAGCAAAAUGAAGGAAUAAUUGUGAUUGCUGCAACUAAUUUCCCUGAGUCGCUAGACAAGGCAUUGGUGAGACCUGGACGGUUUGAUCGCCAUAUUGUUGUUCCCAAUCCAGAUGUUGAAGGACGGAGGCAGAUUAUGGAAUCCCACAUGUCAAAGGUUCUCAAGGCAGAUGAUGUGGAUCUAAUGAUCAUUGCUAGAGGAACUCCAGGGUUCUCAGGUGCAGAUCUUGCAAACUUGGUUAAUAUAGCUGCUUUGAAGGCAGCAAUGGAUGGUGCCAAAGCAGUGACUAUGGCUGAUCUGGAGUUUGCCAAGGACAAGAUUAUGAUGGGAAGUGAAAGAAAGUCAGCUGUCAUAUCUGAUGAGUCGAGAAGGCUAACAGCUUUCCAUGAGGGUGGUCAUGCUCUUGUAGCUAUCCAUACAGAUGGUGCUCUUCCAGUUCACAAAGCAACAAUAGUUCCCAGAGGAAUGUCUCUUGGCAUGGUUGCUCAGUUGCCUGACAAGGAUGAGACAAGUAUCUCCCGUAAACAGAUGCUUGCAAGACUUGAUAUUUGCAUGGGUGGGAGGGUUGCUGAAGAGCUCAUAUUUGGAGAAAAUGAAGUUACUUCAGGUGCAUCUGAUGAUCUCAAGCAAGCUACUUCUCUUGCAAGAGCAAUGGUUACCAAGUAUGGCAUGAGCAAAGAAGUUGGGCUUGCAGCCCAUAAUUACGAUGACAAUGGAAAGAGCAUGAGCACCGAAACUAGGCUCCUUAUCGAAAAAGAAGUGAAGCGCAUCUUGGAAAGGGCUUACGAAAAUGCAAAAACCAUCCUCACUACCCACAGCAAGGAGCUUCAUGCCCUUGCUAAUGCUUUGCUGGAGCAUGAAACACUUACUGGAAGUCAGAUCAAGUCUCUGCUUGCCCAAGUUAACUCUCAGCAACAUCAGCAACAGCAGCAUAUAGUAGCAGCUCAAAGUAGCUCCCAAUCCAAUCGAGUGCCUCCUUCAACACCGAAUCCCGCUGCAUCUGCUGCUGCAGCAGCUGCAGCAGCCGCCGCAGCUGCAACUGCUGCGGCUAAGACUAAAGGCAUUGCUCCUGUGGGUUCCUAGCACAGAAGAGGUUGGUCUGCCCCCUUUCUAGGUAGCUACUUCUUAUGGGAUUCAAUGUGCAUACUAGUAAUUUACCGGCCUCUAUAUCGGUGCUGCAGUUUGUUUGCUGGCCAGUGAGGUGUCAUUAAAUUAUGGAUAGUGAGAUUGACUGGAAGCUGUAGAAGGGUUGAUUGGUCGUCAAUGUAGCGGUUCUAAUCAAAAGUCCAUUGGGAAAACAUAUAUUGCCCCUCAUAUUCUUACUUUUUUUUGUCCUCUAAUUUUGUUACCUGUAUGUUUAGGGAAGAAAAAAAAAAAAAAAAAACACAAAA